UCUUCCACAAACAUGACCAUUUUACCCCUGAUGAGCUUCCAAGAAACACCACUCUUCAAGAAAACAACUCCUCAUCACCUUCCUUUUCCUUACCUGUAUCCCAGUUGUCUUCAAUGGCACCCUCCUUCUUGGAAAUCCCACUCCUCAAUUAUAUAAAUAACCACACAAAUCCACUCAUUCAACCAUCAACCAAAAAACAAACAAACCAUCUUCUCAAUCUUUAAUCUUUUUUCAAGAAACCAAAGAAAAAAAUGGCAUCUUCACAGCAAAACCAGCCAUCAGAUUUCCAUGAUUACUUGCCCGUAAUGGCGGAUAAGCUCGGCGGGGAGGGGCUUAUUAGCGAGCUAUGUAACGGGUUCGGUCUGCUGAUGGAUAAAGAAAAGGGAGUGAUCACUUUUGAGAGUUUGAAGAGGAACUCAGCUGUGCUAGGUUUGCAGGAUUUGAGUGAUGAGGAUUUAAGGAGUAUGGUUAAAGAAGGUGACUUUGAUGGGGAUGGUGCUCUUAAUCAGAUGGAGUUUUGUGUUCUGAUGUUUAGACUGAGUCCUGAAUUAAUGGAGGAGUCUAGGUUUUUGUUAGAGGAGGCUCUUCUUCAGGAGUUGAAGGAUUUUCCUUAUUGAUUUUUUUUUUAAUUUCACUUUGAUCUAUUUAUUUAAUUUUAUGUAACAAUUCUUGAUGUUUAUUGGAUAAUUAUAGAAAUACAUUGACAAUUUUACAGUUUAA